AUGAAAAUUACCAAAACCCCAAAGCGCAAGCCAGAGACGCCGGCAGACCUGGCAGCGCUGAGUGCCCGGAUUGUCGAGGAGCCUGAAUCAUCUCUCGCUUCAUGUCUUCAUAGCAUACACCAAUGGACAUGGCCGCGCGGCGAUCUGUAUGCGUGGAUCGCUGUGCUUAACCGCUUCGACGACAUCCUCGAGCGCAUCUGCCACAACACGCCAUUGCUUCCUGUGCAGACCGCCCCGUUUGCGCCACAUGAUCGCGACCUUCUCGUGGCCAUGUUGGGGUUCACUCGACUUCUUCUCGAAAACUGCAUGAAUCGUAAGCUGUACGCUUCAUAUGAGCACCUCAAUAUCCUGCUCGGCACCGACGACGCCGACGUGCUCGAACAGCUUCUGUACCUUGUGCUUCGCCCAGCGCAACAACACAGCAGCACAGGUCGACAUGAGUUGCCACUCAACCAGCAGCGCUUGCGCAUCCUAGCGGCUGCAUGGCCGCCACGCGACGCCGGCAUGGAAUUCUCAGAUGUGGCGCGCAUUGAUCCGCCCAUACCCGCGACGCUCUCAUCCGUGCAUGUUCAGGGCUACCGACGUGCAGGUAGAUCAAGUGCUUCCUCUACUACCCAAGCGAUGACUUCAUCGAACAACCCAACGUCUUCGUCGUCGCAACCGUCGACGCCCGCAAAGCUGCCGGCAUCUUCGUCCACGUCCGCCCCUGUCUCUGCCCCUACCACAGCAUCGCCAGAUGAAGGUAUACGUCGUGCUGUCAUCUCCGGACUUGAUUCAACCUCACGCACGCCCGGCGAUCUUGUCCAGACGUGCGAUGCGUGGGACGACUUGUCCGACGACGACCGAUUCGAGCUCUUCCACAAGGUCCGCAUCGCUCUUGCCUGCCACGACACGAGCCAGCGACGCCAGGCGCUUGUUUGUCGUUUACUCGCUAUCGCAUGUUUCGUACACGCUGCGCCCGAAUCAUUCACCAACACGCAUUUGUUCAUGGUAGAGCCCGGGAUCGUGCUUCGUACAGCUGCUCUCCUUGAGCCUCCUCACACCGUCGAUGAUAAGCUGCGCGGUGCUGCUCUGUAUGCACUUGAUUCAUUCCGUCACUUCCGCAAUCGACUGAGCGACGUGCUGACGGCUGUCAAUGCUUCAAUCAGUCACGGAAUUCUGCGUCAGCUGCUGCAUUGCACGAUCCAGCGUCUUCGCGAGUUGGCGAAGGCUGAGUCAUCUCCGCCUUCAUUCGACGUGUUUGUCGAUGCUCUCAUGACACUCAUCGCAAAUCUCGCGACAGUCGCCUCUGGUACAAGCAUGGCAACGGGCGCGGGACUUGUGCCUCAAAUGUUAGAGUUAGCGUGUAUCGAAGCGCCAACAAACUAUCUUGUCCAGCGCACUUCCACACGCGCCGUUGGUCUGCUCGAUAGCAUACUUUAUGCAUACCCAUCCACGUUCCAACAAUUCACGGCCUCACAUGGCAUUGAUGUGCUCGUACGGCGCGUCGAGUCGGACAUGUCGCUUGAGCAGGGGCCUGAGUCGCUCCCGUACGGACGUGUUCACGUACUGCGCCAAAUCUUGCGCCUGUUUCAUCACAUGAUGACAACGUCUGGCACGGCCGAUGCGCUGCGGAAUCUGAUCGACACACCGCUUGUACCUGCGUUGCGCUUCAUCAUGGUGCAUAAACAAAGAUUCGGUGUGCAUGUACUGGCGCAAGCCAUCUCGAUCAUGGCCACAUUUGUCCACAAUGAGCCGACCCAGCUCGCGACAAUUCAGGAGAACAAGCUUCCUGAGGCCUUUGUUCGUGCUUUGCAAGACGACAUGGAACCGAGCUUUGAGCUUCUAACGGCCCUUACGCCUGCUAUCAGUGCACUGGGCCUCAACGAAGCGGGCCUGCGUCUGUUGAUGGAAAGCCGCAUUGUUCCACGCAUCGUUCAUGUGCUUGACGACCCGCGCUAUCACCGUGUGCUUCUUGACCGUGAUAACGCCAAUGUGUUCGGCUCGUCCAUUGACGAGCUUGUGCGGCACCAUCCGAGUUUGAAAGAGGGCGUCCUUUCAGAGUUGAUUGCCGUCGUUGACAACAUAGUCGCUCAAGCUCACGCAUAUUCGCCGCCAGCGAACCCCGAAGCUCGCUGCUUGUAUGUGGUUGACGAGCCGUUGCACUUGGCAGCGAGGCCAAUCCGAACAUCACACGUCGUACUCGACGACCCUGAUCACACAGUGCCAGAGGCUGUGCCCGGCGACGACAAUGUGCCGCUUGCAGCAUUUGAUGUCAUGUGUCGAUUCCUUGAAGGCCUGUUUCGCAAUGUCGCCCCUUGCCGCGAUUUCCUCCGCUGUGAUGGACUCUCACGCUUGCUGGCAUUUUUCUCCUCCCCGUGCGUUGCGUAUAACUUUCCUGCAUCUGCACCGGCUGACUCGUGCGUGAUGCUCCUGCGUGCCAUGACCGAGGAGAGUCCAAGCACGGUGCUGUCUCUCCUGCUCCGUGAAGUCAAGCGGUCUCUGGAUGAGUUUGCACAGCUGCCCACAGAUUCACAACCCAUCACACCCGUGCAAUUUCGCGCACUCGUGCGGCUUCAUACACGCAUUCAGCUCUUAUCAGAUGUAUGCCAGACGUUCGGGCAGUCGUUUGCAUUCACCCAGUCCGGCACAAAGAUUCCGCUUGCCUUCUUGCGUGUGUUGCGAGAGGGCGGCGAUGUCGCGACGAUUACACAGCUCACUGAGCUCUUCCGUCAUGCAGCAUGGGACCAUUUGCACGUGAAGGCCUCUCUCCAGGACGCAGACUGCUCGCCUGCAAUGAAAGCCCUGCAGUACAUGAGCGUGCGUAUCCCAGCCUCUAUUCUGUCAAUGCUCAGUGUGAUCACGCGCCUGUUUAUGCCGCGGCGCUAUGCUGAUCCCGACUUCGCUGAAGCGGCGAAGAAUGUGUCGAACGAUAUGGGUGCCGUUCUGCGAACCUGGUCCUCACUGCGGUCAGAUGUGCCAGAGUCAGACGCCCUUGCAGAACACACAUACCUGCAUUUUGUCCUUCGUCACCUUUUCUACGACAAGCGUACGACGCAUGGAGAGCAGGCGCACACGCUCAUCUUACGUGCAUGGUGUGAGCUGGGUGGCGAUGCGGCGCUCGUGGACCAAGUGCGGCGAAUCAGCACACACUUUGUCCAGGGUGAACUCGAUAACGACGAAACCAGUGUCAUAUCACAUGCUGCAGGAGCUCUCCGUUCGUACCUAGACCUGGUUCUGCGAUUUGUCCCAGCUCGCACACUGCUUGAUGCGUCACAAACUGCUCAGCUGUCGAGAGACCCAUCUUUCAGCGCCCACGCACUCCUCGUGCAGCUCCGCCGACAUGCACUCGACAUCCUAGCACAGCUCUGGGACGCCCCAUGGUUGUCAAAGCUUCCACUGACCCCUGUACGUGAAGUCGCUCAGUCUCUCGGUAUGGUGCUGUAUGCAGAUCGAGAGGAUCCGCCGCCACCACGGCCCAAUCCGCCAUCAAUUGUGGCAGGAGCAUCGGGCCUGCCUUCAAACUUGCCCUCCGCACUCGCAGCCACUUUGUCAUCAGCGUCUUUGCCAGUGCGCCGCCCAUCGGCUGCAGCGGUGUCAUCGGUCGACGAAGGGCGUCUUGCUCAGCUUGUAGAAAUGGGCUUUCCUCGUGGUUCGGCUCGGCGCGCGCUUGAGCGAUGUCACAAUAAUAUCAGUGCCGCUACCGAGUAUAUUCUACAGCACCCAGAACUAGAGGACGAACCCGAUGACAUGCCGGAGCAGUUGCCAUUCCCUGAGCCUGAUCAAAUUGCCAAUGCUCUUGCCGGCGCGCUCCGCGCACAGGUGUCGUCGAUGGAUGACGGGCAGCAGCAGCCAGAUGGACAUGCCCUAGAACACACAGAAGAUGGCGAGCAACGCCUUAGUGAUGGGCAUCAUGACUCAGACGCUCCGCAUGUGUCAGUUGAUGCGCCAGCCCGGCGUAACGAUACACCGUCAGUUGACACAGACCAGCUUACUACGGCAGGAUCCACUGAACAACCUACAGCUUCGACACCAUCGCCUAACAGGGUGGCGCUCGAUCAAGGUCGAGAAAGGAUGCGGCCCAACUUCUUCCUGCGACUGCUUGAGUUGGCUGACACACACGAGCCUCUUGUAUUUGACGCAAGACAUGUCUUUGUGUUCUUUUCUCGCGAGCAAGAGCAGGUCGACCGGUUGUGGAACAUGGUUGUACAACGUUUAUCAUUUGAUAUGACGAACCCUGUCAUGACCGUCCGACUUCACCUGCUGGCUCUUUUGCUCACAUCAGAUCGGAUCCAACCAAAACUGCCAUGGCCUACGCUUCCUCACAUCGCCCGCAACCUAGUGACGGCUAUGGAGCAAGCUCCCCCACACAAAGAUGAGACCGAGACGGUGUGGCUUUCUUCGGCUCUCUUGUCUCUUUGCGGCAUUCUUAGCGCAAGUGAGUGGUCUGAAGGAUACGCUGCCGUACCUGGGGAUGCGACUGAGCGCACUGCAUUCCUUGAUGAAAUGCGUCCCAUGCUGCUCACGCUCAUGCUGCGUAUUUUGGAACAUUCGUCGCAGUUGUCAGAUGGGUCACUGCUGGGUGUAGCACGAAUGCUUGUGCUUCUAACGCGCGAUCCUCGUACAGCCGCUUCUAUGGUAGAGCAGCGGGCGUUGCCGUUAGUGCUUCGUCCACUGCUCACACGCCGGCGAUUCCAGCGUGCGUCGUAUCAGCGCCUUGUCAUCAUCGUGCUCCGUCACAUGGUUGAGUCAGGCGGUUCUCUUCUCCCUCUUCUCACAAAUGAGCUCCAUGUGUGGAUGAACCAGAGCUCAAGACCGCGACCGACAGAAGUCAGCAGCUUGCUCAAAGCAAUGGGUCACUCGGUUAUCCGAUCGCCUCCAACGUUUUUGGAUGCCGCUGCAUCGCAGCUUGAGUUAAUUGAAUUCCAUUCAAUGAAAAGUCCCACGAAUUUGCGUCCACGCCAGGGAGCCCAGGUGCCUGACGAGCCUGCAUCGGCACAAGCCAUGUACGAUGCUGUAGUGCACAUGCUGAUGAAUGAUCUUGUGUCAGUUCGCGAGGGCACAACGACUGCGCCUGAAGCAGAUGCUGACAGUCUCAUAAGCGUGUCAGAUGCUCGCGACACGUACGUGUUUGCACUUUUGCAGUGUCUCGUCGAACUGCUCUCAUCCUACAUGGGAUGCAAGCAAAGCUUCCUUCAAUACAGAGUGCAUGGUACGACGCCUGUUCUGGCAUACUUCAUGAAUGAACUCGUGCCUAUUGGGUUCCUUGCACAGUAUGAAGCAGAAGAACUCCGCAAGCGGAUGACCGAGUCAAACUGGGCUAUAUCCGUGCUUGUGGCAUUAGCAACGGACCCACUGCCGUUGCCGGACGCGACGAGUGUGCCAGACAUGCUGGUUAGUAUCCGCAAAGCGUUGCUGGAUGCCUUGUACAAGGCGCUGCGCGAAGCAACGCAGACAGAUGGCCAGCUUGAAAUCAAAUUCGGCCGUUUGUACGCUCUUUCGGACACAUGUCAUCGUCUACUGACGGCUCGUCCUAACACCGAUACCACGGCACCCAAACGUAUGGAAGUCGUGCUGCAUAUGGCCAAGACGAUGUUGGAAAAGAACUUUGUUGCCGUACUCACACAAGCGCUCGCUGACCUCGACGUCAACAUGCCGUCACUCUCCUCCCUCCUCGAUAGUGUCUUGCGUCCACUUGAACAUCUUACGAAAGCGUCAAUCAAAAUGGCCCGCUCAGACCGACGCGGCUCGCAUGACAAGAAGAACUGCCCAGGGGGCACGUGGAAUAAUCCCUGCAGUGUCGCUCGUAGUGAGCGCGGUGACGAUGGCGAGGACCCAUGGGAACCAUCAUCAUGA